UUUUUUUUUUCCCCUUUCUUCCUUUUUUUUUAAAAAGUCCUUAAUGUUUGUUUUUUGUUGAAAAGACAUAAUAUAUUAUAUCCUUGUAUCAUGUUUAGUUUAUCGUCAUCACAACAACACAACGAAGAGCCCAAUGCUUUUGACCUUACUUGGCGAAACUAUCUUCCCUCCACCUCACAAUUUUGCCUUUGCCUUCCAAGUUUAGGACGACAACGCCAAGGAAUUCUUCUCGAUGAAAACGACAAUCAUUUAAUUGAUUCACCAUCCUAUUACAACGACUUUUAUCAAGGGAAAAAUAACAAAUGGAAGAAACGCUCGAAACGAAGAAAAUAUCCAAAACAACGUUUAUUACCAAAACCAAAUUAUGAGCAACAAGACGAAUUCACUGAUUCUGCCUAUGAUUAUCAUGACUACGAUUAUCAUCAACAGGAACCUACUGUAUAUCAAAUUCACUCGGAUGAGGAUGAUCAUCAACAUCAAGACGCUGUAUACCUUGAAGAUGAUGAAAUCGCAAAGAUGGUCAAUCAUUAUGAUCAACAACAACCACAGAAUAAUCAAGAAUUUUAUGCUCCUCGAACUAUACCAUUUUUGAUCAACGAUGACAAUGAUGAUGAAACAACAACAACAAAUGAAAUGCCAAAAGAACAACCACCACCUUCUUCACCGACGACGGCCGCCUUGGCAGCACAAGCGAUUUUAAGUGAAACUUUGGAAGAUUUGACUGAAAAAUUGGUCUAUAUUCGAAAUAAUAUGAUGGAUAUUGGAGCAUCUUCAACACCAGAAAACCAUGAUAAUCAAGAUGACACAGCCACUUUACACACUCUAAAAACAAUAACCAAGAAAGAUUCAUCUGAAAGAUUAUCUAUAUCAUCUGACAUGGAUUCUAUUGCAUCUGAAGCCUUACUUGAAUAUGAAAAUACAACUCAAACGUAUGAUACAUCCACCACAUCCAACUAUCACAACAGACGAUUCUCAUCCAAUGUUACUUCUGAUUUGGUAAUGCCUGUCCAAUCUUCAACAUCAAGUUCAACUUAUGCCAAAGAUACUCAUCCUUUUUCAUAUUUCACUGAACAAAUGGAUGAGGAAGACAAGAACAAUGAUACACAAGAAGACAAUACGUCAAUAUCCGGUAUACAAGGUGCUGUCUUAAAUUUUGGCAAGAAAUGGUUUGGUUGAUCCAGUCUCAUAUUAAUAUUAUUCAUAGAAAUAUAUCUUAUUACUUGAUUUUUUAUUUUAUUUUAUUUUUUUAUAUCAUUUUCAAGUUAUUCCCCACGAUUAUUUUUCCCUUGUCGGAACUCUCUUAUUUUUGUAAUUUUAUACGCAUGAAACAUUAGCCUACAUGGGCGGUGAAACCUUUCAAGCGGACGAAAUAAACUACCUUUUUUUUUUUUUUUAUCUCUCUCUUAUUUCCAACAUUGCAAACAAUUUCGACAUUGAUGGAACUUGUGAAAAACUUGUAUUUGCAACCAGUAGGUAGAGCAACUACUUUAGUGAAUGAAGACGAACACAUUUACCGAG